AUGGUUAGUUUAAAUCCACAACAUAGUCGAAGUGGAGGAGCAAUGUCAUUUGAAGAUCGAUCAAUACAUAUAAAUGAUGAAAUCAUAACAGAAAAUACUCCACUUAUUAUGGGUAUUGAAAAACAUUAUCGACCAAUACGAACAACUACUUUUAUUAUUAUUCAUAUUUUACUUGUGAUUUUAUUUGAAAUCGUCAUUGUAUUAUUUCCGUUUUUAUGCUAUGAUAAAAGAAUUGCAGAUAUAUGUGAUCGUCAUUCUCCAUAUAAUAUUUCAUUAUAUGUACAUGCUGGGUUUUAUGUUGUCUGUGUUAUUUUUGAUCGUAUGUACCAUUAUCAUCAAGAUUUAUCACAACGUGAUGGUUAUCUUGAUUUUUAUCGUCAAACAAUAAAUUUAAGACGUAUACCUUUAAUAAUCAUUUCAACAGGUAAUGCAAUUCUUGUUGCUAUGAUUAAAUUACUUGAAGAUUAUCCAUCAUCAAUUUUACCACUUCAACCAUGGCAUUGUCUUGCAAUUCUAACAACUAUUGAAAUAAUUAUUAUGUUAAGUGCACUUCUAUGGUAUCUUGUUCUUACUAUUAAAUUUAAUAAACAACAUGUUCCACCAGAUGCUGCACUUGAUGAUUUACUUUCGACUUUUGCUUCAUUACAAACAUCAACUAAUGAAAUUGGUUUUCGUGAUGAAACUUAUACAGAAAAUGUUCUUGAAAAACAAGCCGAUUUAAUUCGAUAUUUACGUGAACGUAAUGAUCAUUUAGCUCGUCUUCUUCAACAAUCUAAACAACAAUUAAAUACUCAACAAACUUUAACAAAUAUUACUUAA